CACAGAUCACCCAGACAGAGAUUCAGCACCACCCAGCAGACUGGAUAGAACAACCCUGCAGCUUUGACUACACCAUUAUAAACUUUCUCAUCGCUUCAUCUGGCAGACAGAAGGACACAGAUCAUGGCACUGCUGACGGGAGGAGAGAGUUGCAUCAAAUAUGUCUUAUUCAUCUUCAACUUCGUGUUCUGGUUGGCAGGAACAGGAGUCUUGGCUGUGGGUUUGUGGCUUCGUUUUGACUCUCGAACAGAGGGUCUCUUCAGCGGAGAGGACUCCCCUACUGUCUUCUUCAGGGGGGUGUAUAUUUUGAUCACUGCAGGGGCAUUGAUGAUGGUGGUGGGGUUCCUGGGUUGCUGUGGAGCCAUUAAAGAAUCUCCCUGCAUGCUGGGACUGUUCUUCUUCUUCCUGUUGUUGAUCUUUGCUGUGGAGGUGGCAGCCGGGAUCUGGGGUUUGUCCAACAAAGAGAUGGUGGUGAAUGAAAUCACAGAGUUCUACAAGCAGACUUACCAGAACUAUCUCAACACCAAGCAGCCGGCCCUGAAAGACACGCUGCGACUCAUACACUUUGGACUGAACUGCUGCGGUCUAACAGGAACAAUUGUUGACAUGGCCAGGGACACCUGCCCUAAAAAGGAUGGACUUGAGGCCUUGAUUACCACGAGUUGUCCUGCAGCCAUUGACGAUGUGUUCAACACCAAACUGCAUAUCAUUGGAGGAGUGGGCAUUGGGAUUGGACUGAUUAUGAUCUUUGGCAUGAUCUUCAGCAUUCUGCUGUGCUGCGCCAUCAAGAGGUCCCGGGACAUCAUGUAGAUGCCCACACCAAUCCUCCAGCCCUUUACAUAUCCAUGUACUGCUUAUCCAUCUAGAUAGUUUAAAGCUUACUAGGUUUGCUUUUCCUACCAUUAGUGUUAAUUAGCAGUGCAAGGGUUAGUUAAAGUGCCUAUUCAGCAGCCUGUCAUCUAUUCAGACCUGUUCCUAACUGGAUGUUUCCUGUGAAAGUGUGGACCUGUGAUGAGGUUUCAGGCUGUGUAACAUUAAUGUAAUGUUAAAACACUGUAAAAUGAAAAGCUGCCGGAAUUCAUGUUUUUUUUACAACAUUUGACAGUAUGAUUUUUACAGUACCUGUUCACUAUGCUAAAUGUAACUUUUAUAAUUUUAUAACAGCUAAAGAGAAAUUAUAUAUUUUAUGCAACUAUUUUGAUGAACGAAGACAUGCAUAUCUUCUGAAUUGCAAAAUAAAAAACUAAUAUAUUUGAA